AUGAUGAUACAUCCGGGUGGUUCUCUGUGGGGAUUAGAUGACGCCGGUAGGCCACACCGUUUGAACGCAUCAAGCGAACCUCAUACGGAUGACUAUUUGGAUUGGAUCAACGAGGCUGUUUUCGCGGAUUUUGAUCAUCAACAAAUACGAAUCCAAAAAGUUGUCGCCACAAAACAUCACAUAAUCGCCCUGGAUCGACAUGGCUAUUGCUAUUUGUAUGUGUGUCCAUCGCACACAGCCAUACGUUUCGUUGUUUCAACCUAUGAAAAUCAGCAAAAUCAACCUUUGGACAGUUUCGAGCUACCGUCUGAUGGCUGGAAAUGGGAACAACCGUGGAUGAUCGACACGAGUGAAGAGCAUUUCGACAAAGAGGGUUGGCAAUACGCUUUCAAUUUUGGUGCCAAUGUGACCUAUCGUAACGCUCAAUCGGCGAUGACCUUUGUUCGCCGAAGGCGAUGGCUAAGAGCUAGACGCUACACUGCAUUGUGCCGUUGGGUUCAGAUGGCUAUAACGAAGCAAUCUGAAGUGUUUUUGGAUAUUUGUGCGGGUGGCUUCGAUAUAGAAAACAACCGCAGUAGCACCAACAAUGGCAAUAACACAUCGUCAUCAUCAGCAUCUGAUCUGUACAGUUUUUUUGCUCUAUCACUAGAUGGUGAUCUGUACUGGCGUGAAGGUAUUCAAAAGAAUUGCCCUGAAGGCUCUGGAUGGGUACAAAUCGAACCGAUCCCAAAUACCUCUGAAGAGGAUACCUAUCAUGAAAUAGCAGCGAUAAGUUGUUCCGCGAGUUGCGGUUUACUAAUAGCAAUCACAUGGAAUGGUCUUGUAUUCUGUCGUGUCGGUAUCACGUCAAAAUGUCCAUACGGUAAAGGAUGGAGAUCAUUUGCGUCACCGUGCAAUCUGCCAGUGAUCAGUGUAGCAAUGGGACGACGAGCCUUAUGGAUGGUCACGUCUAGUGGAAGGUUGUGGAUGACGAGCGUAAAAGGCGCAGCACUAGGCGUAUAUCCGGAUCUGAGUAAGUGUAUCACUGCUGAUAGCUACACGUCGAUGGGUGACGGAAUGUGUCGCAUUUCGGUGACUAGCAAUGACCAGGUUUUGGGUAUAUCACAACGUGAUGAACGGAUGUUCAUAAGAAGCGAUGUGAGAGAUGAUGAGCUGAGUGGAAGAUCGUGGUUGGAGAUUGUAGCAAGAGAUGGUUCACGUGGUGAUAUGAACUUCAAAUGGAGACAGGUCGAAACAGGAAAUUGUGCGAUAGUCGCGAAACGCAUUCCGAGGCAUUGGAUCGAUAAAAAUUUCAUCGCUCGCGACUGUUCAGCAACUGCCGACCUGAAAUCAGAGUGGCGUCAGCAGAUUAUCAGUCUACUCGAUAAUCGAAACGAAUUGCUAUGGAACGUGUUCCAAGAUGUUGAAACUGCCACACUGUCACAUCCGAACAGUCCAAAUCGUCCAUUAGAGUCUUGGACAAAGACCGCGAAUGUCCACGCCAGUUUGAGUACGUGGAGGUCGUUGAACUGGAUCGAUUGUAUGGCUCAUUUACUCGUGAGCGAUUCAGUCGAGGGCACCAUACGAUUGCAUUUUCGACGUGGUGGAAGCUUUCAAGCAGAUUUUUUUGAGUUACUGGGUGCGUUUGCUUUCUGUGAUAGCCGUUGGAAGAAUGCUCUUGAGGUGCGUACAACACAGAAUAGGACAACGUUGAAUAUCGCAUUUGCAAGUGAAGAUGAAAGAGAUCAAUGGAGUGAUAUCCUUCAGAAGGCUAUUUCAAAUUGUAUUCGUUGUGUUCCACGUCUCUCGGAUCGUUCAUUCAUAUGGGCUGUGAGUGCGCAGUAUCAACCAAGAAUGGCGAUACUUUCGAGUGUUCACUUGAACGACACUCAUUCAGUCAGCGAUUUGCCGUUUGAUAUGCAUCGUUGGAUUCAACAACGAGGCUCCUUCCAAUCUGUAGCAGUCGGUUGUGAAGGGAUCGUAUGGGCAAUUGCACAGAAUGGGACUGCUUGGGUACUUUCGCCCGAAUUCGAUGUUAUAGCCGAUGAUGUGGAUCGUUCUGAUCAACUGGGUUUAACACAGAGCGAUGAUAAGCUGGAAAUUGUUUUGGAAACACAAAAAUACAGUUUGUUGAGCGGUUAUUCAACUUUUAAUGGUAAGGCGAUGGGUAAGUACUUCGCAUGGUCGGAUGAAACGGGACAAGUGCUUAAGACGAAAACUGAGACAAGACUUCCGAAUAAAUACUGGAAUUGGGUUGAUUCAGAGUGGGUGAUUGUUCCAAGCGAAGAUGAUAGCGAGAAUGGGCAAGAAGGAUGGCGAUACGCGAGAAAAUUCGAUGAAGAAUUCGUUGAGAAAAAGGGUAAAAUGGCUCUUUGA